AGCGCCGACUCUGAAGUGUUCACAACGGAUUCCAGAGUGCCCGCGCGUGAUGCCGGCCUCUUGCGAUAAGACAGCUUCGUAGCAGAGAAGACAGUCGGAUGCGGGCGUUUUCCUGCGUUGUUCUUUUGUGACCCACGAGCUCAAAAAUGGGGCACGCACGGGUGGUCGCCGGCAUCUUUUUUUGGCUUUGUGUCCAGGUCGGUAUUUCGGCCCCGUGUGAAGCGAUAGAAUGCAAGUGGGCUUAUGCCGCCCCCGAACUUGGAACUAGUCGCAUCGUCAUAUACGAAGGAAAGCCACCGGCCACUUCUCGCAAUGGCGCCACCUCGUCACUGGCUCCGGUGGCCUGGGCUAACUUCCGUGAUGAUACCCAAAACAGCGGGUGGGGCUACCUUGAGGUUGAAUCGAGCCCGAACGUAACGGACGAAUUGCAGGCGUACGCUGCUGGUGCGCUGGAAGCGUAUCUGACUCGCUAUCUCAUGGAGGCACAGUGGGAAAAUAUGUUCGCCCACUACUGCGACAACCAGGCGGAGUUCUGCACAAAACUGAACGACUUUCUGCAGAAAAACCUCGAGUACUCGUAUCUCAACGAGAAGCGCCUGAGCGUCAGUGAUCCUUACUGGAACAUGGUGCGCCUCCAAAUGAAGCAGCUUCAUGGCCUGAGUGACGCAUUUGAAAACGCCACUCUUGACGCAUCCCAAGAAUUCACAAACAUCACCAGAGCUUUGUACUUCAGCCUUGUUGGAGACAUCCUCGACCUUGAAGCCGCGUUGCAGCGCCCUGAAGACGCAAACUCUUUGAGUCUUGUGCCCGCAUGCUCAGCACUGAUUAAAUUGCUUUGGAACAACACAGACCUCUACGUGGGCCAUGACACUUGGUUCCUGUACAAGAGUAUGCUGAGAAUUCAAAAGAUGUACAAGUUUCCCUGGCACUAUGCGCCUGGCGACACUGGACCAGAUGGUGUAAUUCCUGGGCACACGAUAACCAUGUCCUCCUAUGCCGGGAAGCUGGUCUCGUUGGACGACUUCUACUUGUCUUCAUCUGGACUGGCCGUCACCGAAACGUCCAUUGAGAACAGCAACCCUGACUUGUGGCUACUGAUCGAUCCAGAGGUGGCGCCACUCACCUGGGUGCGCGCAAUGGUGGCUACGAGGCUGGCCACGUCAGCACGCGAAUGGGUUGACAUCUUUGCGGAGAAAAAUAGUGGCACGUACAAUAACCAGUGGAUGGUCAUCGACUACAAGCUGUUCCAGCCUGGAACUGCAAUCGUUAACGACACGCUGUGGAUUAUUGAGCAAAUGCCUGGCAUAAUUCGACAAAAAGACGUCAGCGAUGUUCUUCAAAAGCAAAGCUAUUGGCCAAGCUACAACAUUGCAUACUUUGAUGACAUCUUCGCGAUAAGUGGCCAGCCAGCACGUGUGGCAAAAUAUGGAGACUAUUACAGCUAUGACAAGGCACCAAGGGCAAAAAUCUUUCGAAGAGCACACACCGACAUCUGGAACCCACGAUCCAUGACGGCCGUCAUGAGGUACAACGACUACACUCAUGAUCCAUACUCCCGCUGCAACUGCACACCCCCUUACAACGCGGCGUACGCAAUUAUGGCUCGCUAUGACCUUCUGGACCCGCAAGGAAAAUACGACAUCCCUGGAAUGCGGCGACUGCCUGCCGGCGGCAUCGACACCAAGUUCACCACGUACGAGAAGUUCAAAAAGUUGCAGUUCGUCGGAGUUGGCGCCCCGACUGCGUACCCGUUGCCGUUUUUCAAGUGGAGUGAUAGUGGCUUCAACGUCAGUCACGUUGGGCACCCAGACAUGUGGGACUUCGCACCCGUGGAAAACGUUUGGGGGUCCUGCACAUAGGUGUUCAGUAGAAGCUGAGUUCAAAAUAAACCAUCGUCAACUAAUGGU